UACUCGACUUGCUCUCGACGCCCAUCCCGACUUGAGGCUCCCUGCUAAGCCUUCUCACCCUCAGCAGGCUUUAGAACCUGGAAAUAGAACAAGAUGGACUCUAUCAGCGAUGAAAUCGAGGCCAUUCUGUACAUCGCUCGCGAAGUGUCAGUAUACAAGAUCCCCCCUCUCAAAGUAAAUGAGGGCCAUCGCGCGGCAGAAUGGGGCGAUCUCGGUGCGCCGCUCUGGAAGGGCCGGAUGCGCAUCAUCGAGAAGGGCGAGAGCGCCGCGCUACUACUCGAGGACAGUCAGACGGGCGAACUGUUCGCGCGCGCGGAGUAUGACCCCGCCAGACCAUCUGUCGAAGCCGUACUCGACUCGUCCCGCUACUUCGUCGUCCGCGUCGAAGACGCUGGCAAGAAGGCGUACAUCGGCCUCGGCUUUGCCGAGCGAACGGACAGCUUCGAUUUCAAUGUUGCGCUGCAGGACUAUACCAAGCGAUGGAAAGCGCGGAAGGAGCCGCCUGCGGAGGAUGAGCCAUCACCGCACCUUCCUAACGGUCCCAAGAAGGACUACAGCUUGAAGGAGGGGCAAACCUUCUCCAUCUCGAUUCCUGGACGGAAUAAGCCCGCCGUUUCGAAGUCCAGUGGUGCAAACCUGCUCGGUGGUGGAGGUUCGAGUGGAGGUGGAGGUAGCGGCGCGUUUCCUCUGCUACCUCCACCGCCGAGCGGAGGUGGUACUCGCAAGCGAUGAGCGCGUCCGAUCUUGCCGAAGGGCUGUACGUUUGACUCGUUGUAACUUGGAUAACAAUGCACUGUCUGAACUUUGCACAAGCA